CCUUCUCACACUUUCCUAUUUAAACGCAUUUUCUGCAUCAAGGAGAACACACCUUUCUGCGUGCCGCUCCGUACGGCACCAUGGCUUUCAUCCUUCUGCUCCUACUGGCUGCUCUGCUGCCACACCCGGGGAACUCCGCCAGAGUAAAAGUUGGUAUAAUAAACGGCACGGAGGCUAAACCACACUCCAGACCCUACAUGGUUUCUGUGCAAAAAGGUGGACAACACCACUGCGGUGGCUUUCUUGUGUCUGACCAGUAUGUGAUGUCAGCUGCCCACUGCUGGGAAGAAAACGAAAAAUUUACAGCAGUGCUGGGGGCUCAUGAUCUCUCCAACAGCAACGAAAAUGCAAUCAACAUGGCUGUGGAACCCAAGAUCCAUGAAAACUAUCAUCGAGAAAACUAUGACUGGGACAUCAUGUUUUGGAAGCUACCUGAAGCAGUGAAAAAGAGCAAGACUGUAAGCUGGAUCUCCAUUCCUGAAAGCAACGAGGAAAUCCCAGGAGAUACUGUCUGCAGUGUUGCUGGCUGGGGAAAAACAGGAAGCGAGACAUCUUCAAGUGUCCGUCUUCUGGAGACAGAAACCACGGUCAUGGACAGAACCAAAUGUGAACAAAUCUAUCUUCAACUUACCUCAAGGAUGAUGUGUGCAAUGCAUCCUGGAAAACCUUGCCAGGGAGACUCUGGGGGUCCUUUGGUGUGCAAUGAUAUUGCUGUGGGCAUUGUCUCUUUUGGCGAGAACCCAUGUGAAUCAUCCGAACUGCCAGAGUUUUAUGUCAAGAUUGGUGCAUAUCUUCCUUGGAUUAAGAAGAUUAUUGAAAAAGUUUACACUGAACCCACUCUCUUCUGCACCAUGCCUCUCAUCCCCCUGCUUCUACUGUCUUCUCUGCUGCCGUACCAAGGACACUCUGCCAGUGUCAGCGUUGGUAUAAUUAAUGGCACUGUGGUUAGACCACACUCAAGACCAUACAUGGUAUCUCUCCAGAACCAGGGGACACACAUUUGUGGUGGUUUCCUUGUGUCUGCCCGAUUCGUCAUGACGGCUGCUCACUGCUUGAGGGGAAAGCCUAUACUCACAGCAGUGCUGGGGGCUCAUGAUCUCUCAAACAGCAAACAUUCCAUCACCAUGGAAGUGGAGGAAUACCACCCCCAUCAAGAUUUCAGUGAGGACACUUUAGACUUUGAUAUCAUGCUUUUAAAGUUGCAUGGAACUGUUAAAGCGAGCAAGACUGUAAACUGGAUCUUCAUCCCCAAAAAUAAAGAGGACAUCCCGAACAACUCAGUCUGCAGUGUAGCUGGCUGGGGAAGAACAGAGAGCAGUAAAAAUGGUGAACAUCUUCUGGAGGCACAAACCAUCAUCCAAGACCGGAGCAGUUGUAACAACGCUUGGAAGAAAGUGCACCCUGUGUCUAUAACUUCUAGAAUGAUGUGUGCGGUUCACCCUGGAGGAUCUUGCAAGGGAGACUCUGGAGGUCCUUUGGUGUGUCAUAACAUUGCAGUGGGGAUUGUUUCCUUUGGCGAUGGGCAACAGUGUAAUUCACCCCGUGCUCCAAAUGUAUAUGCCAAAAUAUCUGCAUUUCUGCCCUGGAUCCAUUCUAUAGUUAAUGGUGCUUAGUCUGCAUUUAACCAAAAAGGGAAAAAAAACAUACUUAAUCUGAAUAAAAGUAUUUCUUAAGCAUA